AACUCGGGCUCUCCAUUACAGCAACUGGGCAGAAGGAAGUGAUUAUGAGUCGAAUCUCGAUCAGGUAAAAAAGUAUGAGUGUCUCGCAGGUCUCUAGAGAGGUCUUCCAAAUGUUCAGCACUGGUAAUCGCUACCAGAAGAAUAGAGGUACUCAGCAACAGCAUAAUCUUAUACUUUAAUACUUGGAACUGCAUUCAAGCCUUUUGACUCUCCUCGGCCGGGCGACGCUAGAUUUCCAUCACAAUUUCCGGCAAUACCCUGUUCUCCAUAUGUCCAAUGUGUGUUGGGCAUACGCGACGUUAGCUCAGGAAAUGAG